GGUUCAGGAGUUGAUGGGGGGUGAGCAGAGGGAGACCGGACGAAUCCCUCGCACUGUGGAGUGUCACCUGACCUCCGACCUCUGUGACAGCUGCGUCCCUGGAGACACGGUUACCGUGACGGGGAUAGUCAGAGUGACCAACGAUGGUAGUUCGCGGGGGAAUAAGGAUCAGUGCAUGUUCCUCCUCUAUCUCGAAGCCACUUCCGUCAGCAACACUAAAGGUCAGCAGUCCAAGUCGGGUCAGGGCUCACAUGAAGAUCAGUCAGGAGGGGAGGAGUUCAGUCUGAAGGAGCUGUACGCCAUCCAGGAGAUCCAGUCACAGCCGGACCUGCUGAGACUUAUAGUCCAGUCUUUGUGUCCUGCCAUCUACGGCCACCUGCUGGUGAAAGCGGCUCUGGCGUUGGCGUUAUUCGGAGGCCGACAGAAACACACGGACAAGAACAGCGUCCCCGUCAGAGGAGACUCACACAUCCUGAUGGUGGGAGACCCCGGACUGGGAAAGAGUCAGAUGUUACAGGCUGUGUGCAACGUGGCUCCCAGAGGAAUCUAUGUGUGCGGCAACAGCACGAGCACCACAGGACUAACGGUGACUUUGUCCCGAGACGCAGGAACAGGAGAUUUUGCUCUUGAGGCCGGUGCGUUGGUGCUGGCUGAUCAAGGUCUGUGCUGCAUCGAUGAGUUUGAUAAGUUGGGUCACCAGCAGCAGGCUCUGCUGGAAGCCAUGGAGCAGCAGUCGGUGAGUCUGGCGAAGGCCGGAAUAGUUUCCUCUCUGCCCGCCAGGACGUCCGUCAUCGCUGCGGCCAACCCCAUCGGAGGACAUUACAACAGAGGCAAGACCGUCUCUGAGAACCUGAAGAUGGGCUCCGCGCUUCUCUCUCGAUUUGACAUCGUCUUCCUCCUCCUGGACAUCCCAGACGAGUCACACGACCGCCACCUGUCAGAGCACGUGAUGGCGAACAGGGCGGGAAAAGGCAGAACCAGCAGCGCCACAGUGACCAGGGCCAGCAGUGAUUUAGAGACCUCCAUCCUGCUAGAACACUCUGACAUGCCGCUUUCUGAACGCUUGCAGGUCCCUCCAGGGGAAACCGUGGACCUGAUCCCAGUGUCUCUGCUGAGGAAGUAUAUCAGCUACGCUCGGCAGUAUGUCCACCCCUCGCUGUCUCCUGAAGCAGCACGGACGCUGCAGGUCUUCUACCUGUCGCUGCGAUCUCAGGCGCACUCGGCUGACUCCACGCCCAUCACCACACGGCAGCUCGAGUCUCUAAUCAGACUAACUGAGGCGAGAGCCAGACUGGAGCUCAGAGAGACGGCGACCGGAGGAGAUGCUGAGGAUGUGGUGGAGAUCAUGAAACACAGUCUGGCUGAUACAUACUCGGAUGGUUUGGGAAAUCUGGACUUUGAGCGCUCUCAGCUCGGAUCGGGCAUGAGUCAGCGCAGCGCUGCGAAACGACUGGUCAACGCGCUGCACUCGCACGCUCAGAGGACCAAUCAGACACAGUUUGACCUGCAGACGCUUCGAUCUGUGGCCGACAGAAUGAACAUCAAGGUGAUGGAUUUCGAAGGUCUGGUGAGUUCGCUGAAUGAACAGGGUUUCCUGCUGAAGAAAGGAGCCAAGCUGUACCAGCUGCAGACCGUCUGAUCAGAAAACACACCUGCUCCUCGCCGCAGACGUGGCUCCGAGGUUAGUAAUCGGGACGACUGAACAGGGUCACUUUCAACACCAGAGAGAAAACAUUUGAUGUUUCACCAAACCACAGACCAGCAGGCGACUGUUACCUUUUGAAGAGACUGUGAAAACCACGACAGAGACUGGACAGACCACCAGACUACUGAAACCACAGAGAGAGCGUCCAUCUGCAGCCGCAGUUUCCUGUUUGAGCACAAACUUCCUGCUAAAUAGAGGAACUGACCUGAGUACAGACACAUGUCAAAGUCUGCAUUUAUCUGCACAAAAAAGCUUCAAACUAAACGUGGUGUUAUUUAUGUUGAUUGUGAUUUGGCUCAGUUAAAUGGGACUUCAGACAUUACAAAAGACUGUCACUGAUACCAUCAAGAAACUUUUCAAAACUUGAAAAUCCUAAUAGUCAAGUACACUUUGCUUUAAAAAAAUAUACGUUUCACAGCACAUGGGGCCUGUUUCAAACAGCAGUUGUAUUAUAAUUUUUUGUUUUCUAAUAUUUCAAAGGUCGUUCGGUCUUUGACAGUGUGCUGAACGUCACAGAGAGGCGGUGACAUAUAUUAUAGGAAUAUUUAAGUUGUUGAGUGUUGUUUCAGGUUUUUUUUCAUGCAUGUUACUUUGAUCUAGAAAUACAUUUGACUACAGUUAAAAACUAGGAUCAACAACAGUUUUCUUGUGCAGCACAAAGACACCUUCCACAAGCAUUUAAACCUUUGA